CGUGCCUCGGGGGUUAGGUAGGGUUACUUCAACAGCCGAGGUACGACUACUAAUAUAGUAUUAUGUAGUCCGGAACUAUGCUUUCCCAACCUCAUACAUUGUGAUUGGCACAACCAAUACCUCGAGUCUACAGUUAUUAUUUCUCAUCGUCGUUAGAACUAACUAUUUAUCAUAAAGUUGCCUAUACGACCAUAAAAUGGAGCAGAAUUCUUCCCUAGCCGAGGCAACGCAUCAUUUCAAGUCAACACCAUGGUGCGCCGCUCUUCUUGAGCGUCCUGGUGUUAUUACAUUCACCCCCACCUCUCGAUUGCUAGAGGAUCCUACCGGUAAUUCUCCAACUCAAGACCAAUUAUUUCGGAAGACGCUCAAUAAUGCCGACACUGUGCCACACUGCAUCGGCUUUUACCAUGACCCGGUUUCCUCUAAUUUGGAUAUAGAGGAAAACCCUUCUACCUCGUUGAUCCCAUCCUCACAGCUUGGCCCGAAACUUUUGAUCAACUCUGCAUCCCUAAUUUUCGACCUAUGUCCAGGUGUGAACGGAUAUAAUGGGACAGCCCACGGCGGAUUCAUUAGCUCCCUGAUAGAUGAGGCAAUGGGGAGUCUUAUUUUUAUCAAUCAUCAAGUUCAGACGCGUGAAGAGGCACAGGGGCGACGUUUGCCACGAGGCGUUUUGGAUUUGAAUAACGUCCGAUUCUUUACUGCGAGCAUGACUGUGCGGUUUCUGAAGCCUCUACCUACCCCACAAACUGUCGUCGUGACAGCAUCUCUUAACAGAAUAGAGGGGCGUAAAAUGAGUUUAGACGUAACGGUCAAGGACAAACACCAGGUAGAGUUUGCAAGAUGUGAUGGGCUCUGGAUGUCGUUGCCGAAAGAGAAGAUGUGAUGGAUAAGUAAUAAACUCAGUGAUUGCAAUCCUGUCAGGAUUCUAGAUGAGACAUCUAGAACAAAGUACAUGUUCAGUACCUAUGUAUAGACGUAGACUCUCGU